UUCCAAGUAAUUUUUUUUAUCUUUUGGCAAAAUGCAGACAUGUGGCAUGGGCUUUGGAAUAUGGAUGAGGAGAUCUCAGAGUUGCCUGAAGAUGUGCAAAUGCAAGGCGGUAAUCCAAGGAACAUAUGGCAACUGGAGCGGGAACAGUGUGCGUAACUACAAGGUGACUGUCGUGGGUGCGUCGGGUGGGAUUGGUCAGCCGUUGAGUCUGAUGCUGAAGCAGAAUCCGUUGGUCUGUGAGCUAUCGCUGCACGACAUCAAAUUGGUGAAAGGCGUUGCUAUGGACAUGUCCCACAUCUGCACCAAUGCGCAGGUGGAGAGCUUUGAGGGGGAGGGAGAGUCGAGUAUGGUGGAGGCGAUGCAUGAUUCGAACAUCGUGGUGGUGCCAGCGGGAAUGCCCCGCAAGCCGGGCAUGGACCGGGAUCAGCUGUUGAGCGCCAAUGGGAGUGUGGCAAUGUCUGUGGCACGUGCCGUGAGCAAGGCCUGUCCCAAGGCACUUGUCGCAUUCAUUACCAAUCCAAUCAACAGCGUGCUGCCCAUUGCAGCCGAGGUGAUGAAGUCUCUCGAUUGCUAUGAUCCCAAUCGCAUGUUCGGUUGCACGACCCUCGACGUCGUCCGCGCUCGCACCUUUAUCGCCCAGCACCUGAAGGUGGAUCCGGCCGAGGUGAACUUGCCGGUGAUUGGCGGACAUGCAGGCAUCACCAUAAUGCCCAUUCUCUCCCAGUGCUGUCCCAAAUUCAGUGGCACGCCGGAACAGAUUAAGGCUCUGAUCCAUCACAUCCAGGAGGCCGGCACCGAUGUGGUCAAGGCCAAGGCGGGCACUGGUUCCGCCACCCUCUCCAUGGCCUACGCGGCUGCUCUCUUUGUCCACUCUCUGCUGCGUGGUCUAAACGGCGAGUCCAACGUGGUCGAGUGUGCCUAUGUCGCCUCCGAUGUCACCGAUGCCUCCUUCUUUGCCACGCCUCUCGAACUCGGCCCCGAUGGCAUCAAGAACAAUCUCGGACUGCCGGACAUGAAUUGUGAUGAGCUGGAGAGUCUCGAGAAAAUGUUGCCCGAACUAAAGAAGAGCAUCGAUGAAGGCGUCAAAUUUGCCCAAGAAGCCAUCUGCAAUCCCAAGAAAGAGUGCCCAGAAUCCAAGUGAAACCCAGCAGCAAACUUGAUGCAGUUUCCUUAUUCAUAAACUCACUCAAGCAACUCAUAUAGUAUAUAUGUAUGUACGUAUGCUAAAACAUCAUCAUCAUGUUGCUGCUGAUAAGAAUUGACACAGUCGACAAGUGAUCGAUGCCGAUGCUGCCAUCUAUGGAAAUCCAUUUCAAUGCUAACCUGUCCAUUCAUUUGUUUAAUUCCGGCAAUAAUAAUCUAAUACAGAAUUACCCCUUUUCCCCAAUGUAGCCCAGAUCAACAGAUUACGUAUGAAAUCGAUAGAAAUAUUAUUCACACCGGAAAAAUCCCCCAAAUGAAAACGGCGAGUUCAUUAAUUAAGCUAAUUAAAAUUUAUUGACAGUACUGCUCAUAGCUUACAUCAUUAUUAUUGUAAAUCAUCAGAAAUUCCCGCAAAUUCCUGUAAAUAAUAAUCAAAUUCUAAGAAAACAACUUUGUUGCAAUCAAUUUAUAGUUCAA